AUGAUAAUGUUACUUGAUUGAAAUUUUAUUUUCAUUUCGUUCAUAAUCAUCAAUAUGGAGAGAAUUAAAGAAUUUUUCCUAUUAAUUUGGAAUCUUUUGGUUGUUUAUUUUGAAAUUAUUCGAUCAUGGUUUGAAUCGGAGAAUGAACCCCGAGAUUUUUAUGGAAAAGUUAUUGUUCUGACUGGUAGUGCACAAGGUUUGGGUAGAGAAAUGGCAUUGCGAUUAAAUCGUCUGGGUGGCGUACGUUUAGCAUUAAUCGAUAUCGAUCGUAAUCGUAAUGAUGAAUUAAUUGAACGAUUGAAAACUGAAUCACCAAAUGCUGAUAUUAUUGGUUAUGAAUGUGACCUGUCCGAUAGCUCGGAUAUAGAUUUUUGUUGUGGUCAAAUUCUUAAACAUUUUGGACGUGUUGAUAUUCUGAUCAACAAUGCUGGAAUUGUUCAAUGUAAAUCAUUUCUUGAAUUGGAAGCCAAAGACAUUCGACGAACAUUUGAUGUGAAUGUUUUUGCACAUUUUUGGUUGAUAAAACAAUUUCUACCAGGAAUGAUUGAUCGUGGAACUGGUCAUAUUGUGGCAAUUGCGUCGGCAUGCGGAUUAUCUGGCAAAGCAAAUCUUGUUGAUUAUUGCGCUGCAAAACAUGCCGUUGUUGGAAUGAUGACAGCAUUUGAUUGUGAAUUACGACAAUUGAAUCUUGAUCAACAAAUCCGGCUGACAACUGUUUGUCCGAUAACAAUUGCAACCGGAAUGUUUCGUUAUCCAACAACCCGAUUCUCAUCAUUAUUACCGAUAUUAUCACCGGAUAAAGUUGCCAAAACAAUUAUCGAUACUAUUCGAAAAUCAGAUCCAUCAUCAACAUUCUUGAUUACCAUUCCAUCAUAUACCUAUUGGUUAAUUUUGAUUGAAAAAAUGAUUCCACGUAAAGCAUUUGCAUUUAUCGAUCAAUAUUUAUCAUAUCAAGUGGGAAAACAUUGAAAAUGUUCCACUCAACAAAGACCAAAGUAUCGAAAUUUAAAAAAGACUUGAAUUUUUAUAAUUAUUAUUAUCAA